AUGAACCACCCGUCGCGCAAUGGGACCCCCAAUGGGGGUCCCAAGACGUUCAGUCUCCCACCCUCGGGGCCGAAGCUUAUCGGCGCCAUCCCGCGCAUCCUGCCGCACGAGCGCGUCUUUCCUAUUCAGAUUGGAUGCGACUUGUUCAAGCUCUCUGGAGCGUCGCUAUCUUCGGAUGCGCCAUCCUACUUUUCACAAUAUUUCCUGAGCCAGAUCAAGCAGGCCGAGGAGCACGGCCAGGAUGUGUCCACGGCCAUCCGCACGCUCUAUAUCGACCGAGACCCUGUGACCUUCAAGGACAUCUCGCUGCAUCUACAGGGAUACCACAUCAAGCCCAAGGACGGCCAGCACUUUGUCCGGCUGUUUGCGGACGCCCAGUUCUACACGCUGCCAAAGCUCAUGUCACAACUCUACGAGGAGUCCAUAUUCGUCGCAAUUGGCGGUCAGGAGUUCCAACUCGGGCGCGAGCUCAUGCAGGAUGCCGGGAACUCGCCCAACUUCUUCUCCCUGGGGUUCGCCGCAUUCUUCACAACCCCGGACCAGAUCUUUCCUGGCCUCAACCGGGAGAACCUGAUACGCCCGCCGUCGAUCGCGCCGCCGAUCGUGGCCAACCGCUCCGCCGAGGUCUUUGGCGAGAUCAUGCAGCUCCUGCGCGGCUACCCCGUGCACAUCCGGAACGAGGAACACCGGGCAUCGCUGCUGCGUGACUGCCGCUAUUUCAAUUUCAAAAAGGUCGAGCAGAAGCUCAUUCCGCAUGCCAUUAGCUACAACCAGGCUCGCCGGCGCGAGGAGAUUGUCCUGCGUGUCGAGGACAUUCUCAAGUCUGGCAUAUCCAUAUUCCACGAGGGCUUCUCGGCCGCCAACCUCGGCGCCCGGAGGUCGUCGACCCCAACCUCGAGCACGGGCUCCACGCUGGGCAGCUCGAUGCCGGGCAGCGCGAACCCGCACCACCACCACCGGUCGUCCUUCUCAGACCCCGGCCUCGCAGCCUGGGUGCACUACGCCCGGCCUUUUGAAGACGACAAGCCGUACGAGCUGAUUCUCGAGAUCGGCGGCGAGAGCACCAAGCUGCACACGAGCAUCAUGCGCGCCGAGUUCUUUGGCAGCGUCAAGGCCCGCGUCGCCAAGCUCUUCGAGGUCGUGGCCACCAAGCUCAACCUCCCGCCCACGACACAACCACUGGGCUUGCUGAUGGCCUCGGGCGGCGCGAGCAGCCAGCCCGCCACGCCGGGCAACACGCCGCUCAGCGAGGACCUCGUGCGCGUGGUGAUUGAGCCUGAUGCACACGUCAUACUGGAUGGCAGGGUGUUCGAAGGCUUUUCCUCCCUCAUGGCUGCUGGGACGGGAUCGGCGACGGCAGACGUCGAAGAGAUGACACACGCCAUGUCUACCGCAUCAUCGAUAGGGAACAACAACAAUAACAACAACAACAUUACCGGCAGUAGUGGAGGCCAGGGUUACGGAGACUCACCAAUGUCCGCCACGGCAACUGUCGAGAACAACAACAACAAUGACUACCCUGGGACCGUUGCCAACUUCCCGUCGUCGGCGCCCGCCUCGCGAAAGAGGAAACGGCUCGACAUGGCCAGCGCCUGGACGACGGCGGGCGGCGUGCCCGUGCCGGACGAGUGGAUCGUGCGGACGGGCCAGUGGCGCCUGCGCAUCCAGGGGACAAAAGGCGGCAAGAGCGCGGUCGAGUGUGUGCUCGUGGCGGUCAAGAUUGACGCGUAUAGCUGCGAGAGGGCGCGCAAUGCACAGAGAGGUUUCCUCGCGGCGCCGAAAGGCACAUGA